CCCCGCCAUGGGCGGCGGGCGCUGAGCCCUGCCCCGCCUCGUCCCGCCGCGCCGGCAGCCGCCAUGGAGGAGGAGAGCAUGGAGGAGGAGGGGGGUGGCGGCGGCGGUGGUGGUGGCGGUGGUGGCGGCUGCGAGGCCAUGAUGGACGACCAGAACCACAACAACUGGGGCGCCGGCGGGUACGGGCGGCACCUGCCCCAGCUCGGUGACCGCCUCCUGCGCGGUGCCGCCGCCGCUGCCGCCGGGCCCGUGGCCGGGCCCCAGCUCUCCGCUGGGCCCGAGGCUAACGGCCUGCUGCGCGGCUGCGAGCCGGGGGGCGCGGCGGGCAAGGGGGGAGCCGGAGCCAUCGCCGCCGCCAUCAACAUCAACGCCUCGACCUCCAAGUUCCUAAUGAAUGUUAUAACAAUUGAAGACUAUAAGAGCACAUAUUGGCCAAAGUUGGACAGUGCCAUAGAUCAGCUUUUAACUCAGAGUCCUGGUGACUACAUCCCUAUCUCCUAUGAACAAAUAUACAGUUGUGUGUAUAAGUGUGUAUGCCAGCAGCAUUCGGAACAGAUGUAUAGUGACCUAAUAAAAAAGAUAACUAACCACUUAGAGAGAGUCUCAAAGGAGCUGCAGGCCAGCCCUCCAGAUCUCUAUAUUGAAAGAUUUAACGUAGCUCUUGGACAGUAUAUGGGAGCAUUGCAGAGCAUUGUGCCUCUUUUCAUAUAUAUGAAUAAAUUUUACAUAGAAACCAAGCUUAACAGAGACUUAAAAGAUGACCUUAUAAAGCUGUUUACGGAACACGUUGCAGAAAAGCACAUUUACAACCUAAUGCCUUUACUUUUGGAAGCUCAGUCAACGCCGUUUCAAAUAACUCCUUCAACCAUGGCAAAUAUUGUGAAAGGCCUGUAUACACUACGGCCAGAAUGGGUACAGAUGGCACCAGCUUUAUUUUCUAAAUUCAUCCCAAAUAUUCUGCCCCCUGCUGUGGAAUCUGAACUUCAGGAAUAUGCUGCUCAAGACCAGAAGCUUCAAAGAGAGCUUAUGCAGAAUGGAUUUACAAGAGGUGACCAGUCACGCAAGAGAGCUGGAGAAGAGCUAACUUACAAUGGCUCAUCAGCUUGUGCAAGCUCCAGGGGAUACAGAUAGUGAAUAUACUGGAUCAGUCUCUAUUCCUUGCCAGAACAGACACUGGAGCAGCACGGGUGGUAUCCGGAGCCUCCUUUGGCAACUGCUGAUACUCAGGCUCUGACACGAACUAUGCCUCAAAGAAGAGUUUUGGACUUUCUUCUUUCUAGAAUAAAAUGUCAGUUGCUGCUACAAUUGAGAGAUUUUUUCGAAAGACGUGAUUCCGUCGUCUGGCCUCCCAACAAGUUCAAGUUCAGUGAUUUUUGUGAGGAAUGCACCUUGAAAAACUAUCCUUUCAAAGUGGAAAUGGGCAGCCAAAAUCAGCAGCUUCCAAAAACAUUUGAACGGGAGAAUCUUUUUUGCACUCUUUUCUUAAUGUUAAGGACAUUGUUAAAACUAGUUAACACGUCAGUGUAUUAGUUUUUAAACUUCAAGGUAUUUUCUGGAGCUUUUACUUAAUAAGAAUAAAGUUUCAUUAUUUUGCAGUA